AUGUCGACAGCCCAUUGGAGGGCUGUCAACAACAACUACAACAACUCCCCAUCUUCAGGAUUGGUUUAUACUCCGGCAGAAGAAGCCCAGCAUUUCGCUCGUUUCGAGGAGAAGUUGAGGAUCCAGUCCGAGCUCAUCUCGACUGAAGAUUUGACGGUCCUCUACGAUGAGACCAGACCGGCCAUCAUGCAGAGCCUCGUUGACGAGAUCAAUUCCAAGCAAAACACAUGGACCGCGUCGACUGGGCAAAAAAGAUUCAAGAGUAGCUCUACUUCCCAAGUGUUUGUCGAAGCAUCUCUCUUCUUUUCCUCAGACCUCUCCCUGCGUGAUGCUAAAGUGCUAUGUGGAACACUGAUGAGAGGGUCAAACGACAAAGCCAUAAGAAAAGGCUAUGCUAUAGAGGAGCUACAAGACCUCCCCACUGACUUCGACGCUCGCACCGCCUUUCCCAAUUGCUCAAAGGUUAUCGGCCAUAUCACGUAG